ACCAAGCCAAUGACAGCUGAGUGUGGUUGUGUCGUGUGUGUCGAGGAAAAGCACAAAAGUUGUUUACCAAAUGAAAAUUUAGGGAUGUUUUGUGAUUUUGCCGGCAAGAUAUUCUAGCCAACAUCUUACCUACAAACUACACAAAAUGCAUUUAGGUGCACAAAAGCUAGCACUUAAGGAAAAAGAGGCAAAACUAGCUGCCGCCUUUCCCAAAGGGAUACGGUGCCAGAAAUGUUUGGAGUAUGGCCACUGGAGCUAUGAAUGUCAGGGUAAGCGCAAGUAUUUGCAUCGCUCCUCGCGUACCCAGGUGCUGAAGAAGAAUUUGAACAAAAUCGGCACAAAAAAUGGAGAUGCGGCGGCUGGUAAAGAAUCAUCCGAUAUAGCUAAACCAACCACCAAAUCAUCCGGUGGGGAGAAGAAGAAACAUACCGGUACCGAUUCUUCGGACAGCAGUGACGAGAGCGAUAGUGGCAGUGGUAGCAGCAGCUCUAGCAGCUCCAGCAGCAGCAGCGAUUCCAGCAGUAGCAGUAGCGACGAUGGCAGCAGCACCAGCAGUAGUAGCAGCAGUUCCUCCAACAGCAGCAGUUCCAGCAGCAGCAGUGACGAUGAGGAUUCCUCAUCGGAGGACGGUAAGGCAAAGAAAAAGGCACGGUUGACGAAGAAAAAGAAAGCCACCAACGGUAGCCGGAAGCCUGCGGACGGAAAAAGGACGAGGGAACGCAGAAAAGACAUCACAAAGGCGCAGGGCAAGGGUGGAAGCAGCAGUAGCAGCAGCAGCAGCAGCAGCGCCAGCAGCAGUAGCGAUAGUAGCAGCUCUAGCAAGGAUUCAUCUGCAUCGGAAAAUGAGCGCAAACGGAAGAGAAAACGCCGCAAGGAAGGUGAAUAAUGUUGGAGUGUAAUCACGCACACACUCUAAUCGCUUUUAGCCGCUUGCAACACCUUGCAACGAUAUUAAAGCCCGGAGGAGGAGAACACAGCCAUGUAAUUGCUAUAACUACUACUAUCUACCCAACAACCUAACCCCGUGGGAAGUAAAAGUAAAAAUCCCCGAAUUUACUCGUAACCGCCCUCUCCCAAAAACGAAGGAAAACUGAACCCAAUUAUUCUAUGUAUAAGCUUGAAAAAUCGUCAGGACGACCACACACACACACUUUUAUUAUUCGUAAAGUAUAUCUCCUUGAAACGUAUAAAUUGUACAAAAAAAAGCGUAAAAUGAGAAAAGUGUAAAACGUUAAUAAACUCCCUAGCCGACUUAAACCCUA